UCAUCGUUGGGUCAGGUGUUGAGGGGGUGACACGUGUCACCUUUCUCUAUUUUGCCCCUCCCUAUAUAUAGAGGGGGGGGGGUAAAUUUCAUUUUUUUACAUUUCGUUUUCACAGAGCUCUCAUAGGCGAUUUCCGGCGUGUUCCUACCACCAUCAGGCGAUUUCCGGCCACCACGAGACUCAUCCUUUUCCUCGUCAAACUCAUCCUGUUCUUCGCGAAAUUCAUCCCGUUCUUCGCGAUACUCAUCCUGUUCUUCACCAAGUACUUCGCAGAUCUUUCAAGAAGGCAUGGCUAGAACCAAGCAAACGGCAGAUCCUACGCGCCUGCGCUUGCGGGAAGGAGCAUCGACACCUCCUAGGGAGAGAUAUUCUUCCACCGCCUCGGCAGUCGACGAAGAAUUUGCCGAACUCUUUCAAGAGAUCGACGAGUACGUCGAGGCGGGGGAGCAGGCGGCAAGCUCGUCGGAGGGUACAGCGAGCCAGGCAGUGGGGGAGCCAAGCGUCGCUCCAUUGUCAUCGGCCGCCGAGGAGCAAGAAGCUGCUCCCCAGCUUAUUAGGCCCAGAGGACGGGAGGAGGCCCAAUUGCUUCCGUCAGAAAUUCACCCAGACGUGGGCUGGAUGCGGUGGCUAGACAGGCACGGAGCCAAGAUGAGGGAUGACCUCUGCGUGGGGGAAGGGUACCAAAUGCGCGUGCCGGCCGGUCUGGACUCGACCGUCAGCCUGCUUGCUGAGGGAGAAUUCCCUGUGUAUGCCGCGUCAAUCAAACUCGGCAUGAGAUUCCCUCCACACCCCUUCGUUGUGGAGGUGUUAGAUGGUUUUAAUAUUGGGGUGGCCCAGCUGACCCCCAACUCAUGGGCGGAUAUCUUUGGCUACAUUGCCAAAUGUGCGCUGAACGACGUGGAGCCGUCCUUCAACGCCUUUCUGCAUCUGGUCUCCCUCUCUCGUUCCCCCAGUGCCGCCAAAGGGUGGUUUAAUCUGAGCAGCCGUGGUACCUACCAGACAGUGGUCGGCAAGCUCAGCAAGUGGCAUAUGUGGAGGAAGAGGUGGGUCGUGUUUUACACGGACGACCAGGAGAUGUAUGAGCGAAUGAGCCGUUGGAACUGCAACGCCAACUUCAUGGAUCGUGACGAGCCCCUUCCACCCCUUACUGCCGAAGAGUGGGAUCAGAUAAUGGUCCUGUUCAGGGCCAACACUUACCACUUAACAGUGGAUAAGAGUUUCCAUGUGCCGGCCGAGUGGUUGCCGCACAUUAGCCAGUUUCGGAACGAGGCUUUUCUAGCGGCCGUAGGCUUAGGAUAUUCCAUGACUCGAGGUUGUAUGCCAAUUUAUGUGCCGCUCUGCCUUGGUCUUAUUCAUUUUUCUAACUUUGGAUUUCUAUUGUUCUCAGAGGAAGGAAUGAGCAAUGGACGUUUAUUUAGUGACGAGCCGAUAUCCUGA